CUUCCUCCGGCUAAAUACCCGCCUUCGUCUGCCGGAGGCCGAUGUCACCGCUGGCGCAGGCGCAGCGUCUCCCGGCCGCAAACAGGAACAUUAGUGUGAUCAGCAACAGCAUGGAUUCUUCCAGUGAUACUUACCUGAGGAAGGACAAACCAGGCAUUCUCCAUUCUUGCUUUCAUGGAAAAAUGUAUAAGGACCCUCUGACAUCCUAUUCAAAUAGCUCCAUUAUCUCCCAGCUCCUGCGGAAGACUAUCAAAAACAAGAAGGCUCUGAAGGAAAGCUUCCUAUACCUACCUGCGACUGCUCUGCCCAGCUCCUACACUGCAGACUCCAGCCAAGAGAACUGGAGCUGUAGUUCCUUCAAGGAGGGUAUGUCUCUGACGAAGCAACCUUCCAUGGCAGCGGGUUCUGAAGAUGACCCACCACACGAUGAGCACCACCAGGCCAAACGUGCAAGAGUAGAGAAUAUAAUCCGAGGAAUGGGAGCAUCACCCAAGGCACGACCACACCACGAGUGGGAGAUAUCGGGCACCAGCGUCAAGGAGUCUAGGGAAGAAAAGUGGAUGGAAAUGUCACAUACUUUGGAAGGGGGCUGUAAGUCUAGAAGAAGCAGCAGCAUUAAGGAUGAGGAACGUCACAGUCUUAGGCAGCAGUUACAGACCAUGCAGAGGCUCCUCAAGCAUCUCCAAGAGAGGUUCCUCCAAAUUGACAAUCUAAGUGAAACUCAGGAGGAGGACGGGGUGGAAGAGGUUCUUCCGAACAUCAUGUACUGUCAUAACACCUUGUUGAAGAAAGAGUUUUUGGAAUGGCCAGACUGUUCACGCCAGGUGGACCCAGACAGUGAGUUUGAAGGGAAAACCAGGCAUGUCAGAAUGAGCCAAAAACAGACAGUGCCGAAGGACCACAUUCAGAUCAUGCACAAUAACAAGGACCAGGAGCUGUUAGAGGUGCUUAAACAUGAGCUAUCAAGGGCUGUAAGCAGAAGUGUUGAUUUAGUUUUUAAAAACGUCUCCUCUGCAAUAUCUAACCAACACCCACGACUGCUUGCGGGCUUAGAUUGCAACUCUGAGCUUAGUGGUUCCUCAGAACCAUCACUUGGAGCAGAUGUGAUUACAGCGCAGUCAGCGGAGUUUUACAAGGGGGCAGACAUGCAAAAACCAGAAGAUCAAACUGAAGCACUGCCUCUAGUCAUUCGCAAGUCACAUUCUGGCCGGCCAUGUUCUAUGGACCAGGUUUGGAAACAGCCCCAUGACAUGACACAGUUGCCACUGCAAUUCAAACAAAGUGUCACUUUUCAGAAUGAGAUUCUGGAAAACCUCCUCAAAUAUGGGCCCCAUGAUGACCUCAGAGUUCCCCUCCAAAAGAUUCUGCCCACAGACACGUCCUCUCCGCAAAUUCUGGACUUACCCUGGCUUUCCCCCAAAGCAUGUUCCAAACUGAGCUCCAGUCACACAGACACUGAAGCCACGGAGACCCAAGCAGCAUCUCUGGGGCAGGAGAGGAUGGAGGCUGCCUGCUUCUCUCAGGUGAAGUUGGAGCAUGGAAAUCUGCAGGGCAUGGUGGAGAGGAACCCAAAUCUGUCACUCAACAUUCAGGAAGGUCUAACCCCCAACCAUUUGAAGAAGGCAAAGUUAAUGUUCUUCUACACUCGCUACCCCAGCUCCAGUGCGUUGAAAUCUUUCUUCCCUGAUGUGAAGUUUAACCGCUGCAUUACCUCCCAGCUCAUCAAGUGGUUUAGCAAUUUCCGUGAAUUCUACUACAUCCAAAUGGAGAAGUUUGCCCGCCAGGCCAUCCUGGACGGGUCUGGCAGCACGAGGGACCUGUCUGUCACCCGGGACUCCGAGCUGUUCCGAGCCCUCAAUACACACUACAAUAAAGCCAACGACUUCCAGGUUCCUGAGAGAUUUCUAGAAGUUGCUGAAGUCACACUGAAAGAAUUUUUCAAUGCCAUUUUGCAGGCUAAAGAUACAGACCCUUCAUGGAAGAAAGCGAUCUACAAAGUCAUCUGCAAACUGGAUGGAGAUGUGCCGGAUUAUUUUAAAUCACUCGCCUGCUCUUAG